GCGGCGGAGUGUUGCGGUGCGGCGAAGGUUGUUCGGCUCGUUUCGGUUCGGUUCGGUCCGGUUCGGUUCCGUACACUGUCGACUGUCACCGGUCGCCGCCGCGGUAGAGGGGAUGUACUUUCCCCACCAUGGCGCGGAGAUAGCGAAGGGGCUCGGGGCACCACGGUAGAGUGGGGAUCGCGCGAAGCCACGGCGGAAGGUUUCAAUUGUUGGUGAACCGUCGCGACGAGCGGUCGCGCGUGGUAAGGCUUGCACGAUAGAAGCGCGUGCCUGCCUUGUAUCGCGGCUAGCGAUCGGUGCGUGCGAGUCUUCGUGGCAGAGACCCGUGCCCUCGUCCCCGAUACCCGGAUUUUCGUAGUCGCGAGACACGUCCGCGAGGAGAGAAGAUCGGUCGGAUAACGGAGAGAUGCGUGCCGCGAACUGUCGCGCCAGUGACGUAGUGAUCCGUUCGCCGUUGCGUUGUCGCCGCGAUUGAUUUACACCCCCGUGAAGCAGCACCCAGUGAACCGUACCGGAGAAAUCGUCGUUUCCCCCCCUGUUGUCCCGUUCCGAUUUGAAAAAGCCGCAUCGGCGCACCCACCCCCUUAUCUCGUGCACCACACACGGAUACUUUGCAACGAGGAUAAUAGCUGGCUGUGAUCAUCAGUUCCGAGUGAAAUUUUCGAUAGUCUGUUGUGGAUUAUCCGCGCGGCCCACCGUUUGGAGUUGUUGUUACGAUUGACGCGUCGUCGAAUCGGCAGCGGCCAUGACGGCGGACAGCCAAUUCGAGACUACCAGCAUCCCAGGGCAUCUCGCUCCCACGCCCCAGAGACUGGAGAGGCUUCUCUCGAAACAGACCCUCGAGGAGCUGUAUGAGGUCGAGGAACAACCUUUCGCACGGGGCAAAUACGCGGCGGUCAGGCGAUGUCGGGAGAGAUCCAGCGGGAGACAAUGGGCCGCCAAGUUCCUCAGGAAGAGGAGACGGGCCCAGGAGCUAAGGGCGGAGGCUCUCCACGAGGUCGCGGUGCUGGAUGCUGCGGCGAACUGUUCCAGGCUGGUGUCUCUUCAUCAGGUGUUCGAGACCAACACCGAGAUGGUCUUGGUACUGGAACUGGCCCCCGGCGGUGAGCUACAGAUGAUCCUGGACAGAGACGAGGUCCCGGACGAACGGCAGGUCGCCAGAUUGUUGAGGCAGAUUCUGGACGGGAUAGCCUUUCUGCAUUCCUUGAACGUGGCCCACCUGGACAUCAAGCCCCAGAACCUGGUCCUCACCGGCGAUUUUCCCGAGUGCGACGUGAAGCUCUGCGAUUUCGGGAUCUCGCGGUACAUCAGCCACGGCGCGGACAUUCGCGAGAUAUUGGGAACGCCAGAUUACGUUGCUCCGGAGGUCUUAAACUACGAGCCGAUCAGCCUGGCGACCGACAUGUGGUCCGUCGGAGUGCUGCUGUACGUCCUCUUAACGGGAUGCUCACCGUUCGGCGGCGACACGAAGCAGGAAACGUUCUGCAACAUCAGCCGAUGUCGACUCGAUUUUCCCGACGACCUGUUCGAGGACGUGUCGGAGGACGCGCGGGAUCUGAUGCGCAAGCUGAUGGUCAAGGAUCCAAAUGAACGCCUAACAGUCAUCGAAUGCCUCCAGCACCCGUGGUUCAGCACGUUCGACGAUCCGCAGCCGCCAUUAUCCGCGGCCUUGGAUCAGUCGGUUCCGGAGACAGCGAAAACGACCGCGUCCUCCCAGGAGACAAAGUCCCCGGUGAAACCCGGAACAGCGACGGAGCAGUCGAGCGCGAUAACGUCGCCGCCGAAGAACGACGCCGAGAAGCACGCGCAGAGGUCGUCGACCACGGGCGGCGUGUACCAGGCCGCGGAGUCGAAAUCGACGACGACAACGACGACAACGACGUCGACGACGUCGGCGACCAGGGCCGUCUCCUCGCACACGGAGAACUUGUACACGAAAUCGAAGCUGUCGACGAAAUCGACGCGGUACGGCCUGAGCCCCGACCGCAGGGACACCUUCAAGAGGAACAUGGACUCGCUGGCGCAGAAAUUUUCCGGCGCGGAGAUCGUGAUAAUCGAGCCGGCCUCGUCGAUCCGGACGAGCGCGGCGAGCAACGCCGCCACCGUGACCACCACCGUGGUCACGCAGAGGAGAGCGACGGCGACCCACACGAUGCCGGCCGGCGAGGUCUUCAAAUGCACGCCGGUGUUCAUCCUAGGCGAGGAGCAACAGUGCAGCGACAGCGGCAGCGACACCGUCUCGGAGAUCUCGACGGACAGCUCGAGCGACCGGAGCAGCAUCUACUCGGACGACUCGCUGGAUUUUCUGAUGUUCGGCAAGAGCCAGGGCCGAGCGAGUUUCCCGUUCACGGCGACCGACGCCUCUUCGGACAGAUGGGAGCAGAGGCACCACCACCACAACCACCAGCAACAGCAGCACGCGAGGGCGUGGCCCAGGGAGUGCAACGGCGUCGUCAGCAAGGCGCUCAGCCGGUUCACGUCCGAAAACUCGAACGCGAAGAUCGCGAAGCUCUCGAGCCCGCCGACGGUCCACGGGAAAACCGGGCUCGAGGCGCUCCGCGAACGCGGCGGUAACCUGGUGGUGAUCCGCGAGCCGGUCAGGGCCGGCAGGUACACCAGGUACAGCGAAGUGCAGUGCGAGUCGGUGCAGGCACGGAUUCGCCGGUUCCAGGUCCACGGGGCGUCGUAGACCCGGACGGACGGGGACUAGCGACACGUCCCGAAUUUCGGUUCUCGGCCUCGUUGUACAUAGUUCUCGCACGGUGUACAGUGUAUAGUCGGAUGGUACGCGUUGCAACCAGUCGACGCGACCCGCGUCGUCCAGACCACGGAGCGGGCGGUACGCGGAGAGACCGUGCCAAAGUACGCGGAAGACGAAACGUUUCUCUCUCCGGGGAAAAAAGCCGAUCUUCCUAGAGGAGCCGUUCCUUCCGUUUCGACUCGUUGUAAUAUCGGUUGUACCCGGUGAAACGUCGGGGAAACGCUUGUAAAUAGGUAUGUGUGUAUGUGUACGUGUGUACGUGAGCGCGUCCGUGUUCGUAUGUAUGGGUGGGUGGCUGGGUGGCGGGUGUGCCGAUCGUGUUCGCGUUUGUAUAUAUUCGGAUGGAGAUGUUCCGAUCGAGUCCGGACGAGUCCCGUUUCGGCGGAGACAGCGCGCGAGAGAAUGGACGGAUGAUCGUUGUGCUCCACGUUUGUACAUACGAGAAGUCCGGUUCGUGGGUGGACGGGGGAGGGAGGGGGGAUGGGGAUUCGAGAGCGACGCGACGGAGCGAUUUCGGACGCGACAGGGCGCGAAGAGACGCGCGUAAUCUGGCAGCUCGUCGUCUGCCAUUAACGAUAGACUGACCGGCCGUCCUUUCGAGCUGAAAGAAACUGAAAUGGGAACGCGCGGGUCGGAACGCUCGAUGCACCGAGUCGCUCGCGGAAAACGGUCGCGCGCGGCUUCGGCGUUCGCGCCGCGGAAUUUCAGGCGAUCGGAUCGUUGCGCAAGCGAGAAAUGUCAGGCAUAUGUCAGGAGGACCCUGUCUGUGAAUUCCAGAGUAGAUCGUCGCGUGGCCGGAUCGCCCGAGAAAAUCGAACGGGAUCUCCGCACGCGCGCGCGCGACUCGGUGUCGACGAAACGAUUCGCCGGAAACUAGCCAUAAUCGAGUUGUAGAGCUAGGGGACACGGGGAACUGCUUGGGGGAGGGCCCGCGUUCGCCGCGUGGACCUCGCGGAGAUCGAAUUUCGAUGACUUUUCGGUGCCUUUAACACAGUAAACCGUAGUGCCUAAUCUCCGUUUCUCUGUCCGCGAGAGGAACGCCUCGACGAACGAGCAGAGUGAAAACGAUCGCUCUCCGGUUCGCGCACAGUGCCUUAGCUCUGACACACGGAGAUCGCGGCGCCGAUCGAUCGGUCGAAAUUGAGAGCCUAAACCGGCGUUAGGCGUCUCCAAUUUUUUUCUCGUUGGUUCGACAGCAUCUCCCGCGAGAGGGGGUGUCGUAAUUAGUAAUCGCGAGUUCUAUCGGCUACAACGAAACGACCGUUGUUCGACAACUUUUCGGAACCCUCGUGUCGCGGCGCGUACGGAAUAACAUUAUCACUCCUUCCCGACGAAUCGACCGCUUUCUUUUCUUUUUUUUCGUUUUCUAUCGAACUGAUUUAGCCAAUGAGAAACAUAUCCGGAGACGUGUCUUACUAGCGACUAUGGAACCGCUGCAACUGCUCGCUCGUCGAACAACGACGUAUCGCGGUAUUUUUCACUCCGUGAAUCAAACGCAUAGGAAUAUAAAUAUCUACAUAUACAUAUACGUAUACAGAGAGAGAGAAAGGGAGAAAGAGAGAGAGAGAGAAUGAGGGAGAGAAAGGUAGAGUGAGAGGGAGAGAGAGAGAGACACACAUUAGCUUUUCGAACGUCCGCGUCGCCGAAGCGACAGGACGAACGUUUAACGAAACAUCUUCUUGUGAAGUGCCAACUUCGUAGGCCGAAGGGAGCGCUUCGUGAAUGCUAGUCAAUACACGUUGCUCAUCGUUCCCCUCCUUGAAUCGGUUUUCCGUCGGCGAACGCGAAGGAUUCGAGGAGGCGAAACGAGCACACGCGAACGAAACGACGAAUCGCGCGCGUCGCGGCCGAAAAAGAAAAACGAUUCGAGAUUUUCCAUGUAUGUAUGUAUGUAACCCGUGCACGCUAUUUGGGAACGCGCGCGAAGACGGGACAAAUGCGUGGAAGACUCGUUUCCUUAACUAGACGCGAUCGCGCGGAACAACAGAAAAGAUAUCAAUUUCGGGGGAAAAGCCACGGUCGCGGCGAUUCGUUUCGGGCCGUUUCUUCUCUUCGUAGAGUUUUCAGCCUCGUGGAUCGAGGGACUGCCAACGAAUUUCUAGCCGGGAACAUUGUUGCGAGCGUUCGUCCGUUGAAAUUCUGAGACGCACACGGGGAGUAGUCCAACCCGCACGACGACGGAAACGAGGACGGAAACGUUACGACGGAAAACCGCAGUUUUGUUUCUGUACCUUCUCUUUUCCUGUAACGCUGGGUGUGCGCACAAACGAGCGAAUGAGUCUGCGGGAAGCAGGGAGAACGAGCAAGCGAGCGAGCGAGCGAGCGAGUGCGUGGGGCCGCGUGAAUCCAUGAAUGCCUUCGAGAAUCAAAGGAAGAAAAAACCCAAUAGAGAGACCUGUAAUAUAUAUUAUAGUUUUGCUACUACGGUAGAGGAGGGCGUGCGUCCGAGCGUGUCGGUUCAACCCGCGCCCCGAUCCGAGGCCAAUCCGUAGUUAUUUAUUCUCGUUCGAUUGUUCUUCCCGACAUCGUGAUCGAUGUUUCAAGAACUUGCUCGAUCUAGUUCGCGACCGCGACAACGAUAUUCCGCGGCGUUUAUUUCGUACGUCGAGGGCCUCGUAGGGCAGUGACGCGCGUCACCACUGUGUCUCUUGAAUAUCUGUCCGACAAUCCUCGAUCCGUCGAAUAUAAAUGAAAGAAAGAGAGAGAGAGAGAGAAAGAUUGCCUCGAUUAUCCGAAACGAUCAGGACGACAUGAACGUAUCGGAUGACAGAACGAAUCCUUAGUUGCUGUGUAAAACUAAGCGCCGACCGAUCUGUACAAUAAAGUCGUAACGUUGCGUAUGGACCACCGUAGAUUGAACAAUCUAAGUCUGAAACAUAUCCUCGUGCACGGAAUCCAAAUGUCGGGGCUUCGGAUAAUCGAGGUUGCACACGGUGUCCUGGCGAUUCCCAUACUCGUGCACGCCUUGCUCUCCGAUUUAUUCAACUAUCAUCAUUAUUAUAUCACAAUGAUUAUUAUUAUUAUUAUUAUGUUUAUUUUUAUUAUCAUUAUUUUUAUUAUUAUUAUUGCUAUUAUUAUUAUUAAUUAUUAUUAUUAUUAUUAUUAUCAUCGCUAUUACGUUAUCGCUGUAAUGUUAUUAAUACCGAGGUUAAUUACGAUCAGAACAAUCGCGCAUGUAUGGCUGUCAAAAAUCUUCUGUAAAUACUUCUGUCAUACUGUAUUAAUUUGAAUAACGUGCGAAAUAAAAGCCGCAGAUUACAAUCGA